UAUUCACUCCAUUGGGCUUUGUGCGUCUCUUUGGUGUCGUCGGCGGUGUGCUGGUGAAACCACAAUUUCUUCGAGACCUGAACGAAGAGUACUACGUCUACUCGUUUGAGGAGGAGACUAUUCGCCGCCGGAUAAAAACUUCAAUAGCCACAGGUGUCGGCUACAUUUCUCCAGAACCAAUGUACCCUGAUCGUGGGGACAUCUCGGCGCCAGUGGACGCCGAUUUAUCCACGGCAAAAGAUGGCCGCGAACAAACACAAAGAGACACCACUUUUACCAAAGAGACCCCACUGCUCCGACUAAGGAAUGGAGCCCUUCAAGCCGGUCUUAAUGAGAGGCUGCAGAAGGUUGUAGCUCUGAGAAAGGAAGUGGAAGACCAGCGUAAAACGUCGUCAUUUCAGCGCAAUGUAGUGUAUCCCCUGGCGAUGUUACUGCUGCUCGCGCUCACUACGAUCACGGUGCUUAUGGUGCUGCAGAACACCUUGGAACUCCUUAUUGGUAUCAAAGCUCUCCCGCUUAGCACACGGCAAUUUACACUGGGCAUUGCAUCACUGUCGAAGCUAGGCUGGGCGGGCGCCACGCUGGAGGCGUUCCUGAUCCUGUACCUGCACGCGGCGUCGCUGACGGGGCUGAGCGCGCCGAUGCGAGCGCUGCGUCUGCUGCCGCGCGCGCAGCGCACGCCCCUCACCAGGAUCAUAGCGCUGUGCGCGCUGCUGCUCGCGCACUCCACCGCGCAGCCGUUGCUCGUCAAGAUACUGGGCAUUACAAACUUCGAUUUGCUGGGCGAAUUCGGCCGUAUAGAGUGGCUGGGUAAUUUCAAGUUAGUGUUGCUGUACAACGCGAUCUUUGCCGCAACAGUGACGCUCUGCCUCGUGAGCAAGUUCACCGCCAGCGUGCGACGAGAGUUGUACAACAGGUUUAAAUGGAUCGCUGAUUUACUUAAGUUGCCGGAAGAAGUACAUGCUACACCUGCAGUUGCGUCUGUCACUCCCCGAUUAUCCAUGGAGAGAACGAUAAGGAUCGACAAGGCGGAACCAAUUCAGAAAAGUGAAGAACACGUGAAAGCUGAAUAA